GGCCCUAAGCUAUAGCUUGUUAAGCUUCUACGUAAAUCCGGCAUUGACCUCCGCAGCGCACCAAGGCAAAGGCAGGAAAACGGACGGCGAGAGAGAGAGAUCCGGCUUCCUCCUCUCGCCCGCAAGAUCUCCGGUUGCCACGGGAGCAGCCUGCCGCCUGCGGGCGGGCGAGCGCGGUGCCUGCGCCAACUGGCCGCUGCUCCCAACAGUCGCGGGCGGCUUGAAAGUAAGCAGCGCGCACGCCGAGGCGCACCCGGAGGGGCGGUGCGACGGCGGUCUCCACUGAUUGGCCGCCGCCUAUAUAGGCUCGGCAGGCGGCGCCCGGGAGCCACUUCGAGUCCUUGCCCACCAGUCCCCACCUGCGCUGCGCCGGGAAGGAGCAGGGCGCCCCCUUCAGGCACCAAGGAAGAACCGCCUGCGUCAGCCUCCGCUGCGGGUGGGGAAAGGCAGUUUAUCCUCACAACAACCCUGUGAGCAUCAGCUGCUGACCCUGAGGAAAUGCAUUGCAGCAACAAUGGUGAUGAGAAGGCACAAGAUGAGCUUUGGGGUGCCCUGCCGGCUGUUGCACAGCCUCGAACCAAUCAAAAUCUCCACCAAAGAGCUAUUCUGGGGGAGCUGACAGAAAAUGGGCAGUGUUUGAGACCCUCUGUCCAGGGAGCAAACAGGCUGAGAGGCUUCUCUGGAUCUGAAAAUGUCUGUCCUGCUUUAACUACUGGCAAGAAUAUGAUGCCAGUCUGCGUGGCGUCCAAGCAAGGUUUUGUUGUUUACAGAGAUGAAGUGGAAGGGAAAAACAGGUACAGCUGUAUGGCUGUGGAAGAAUCCAGCAUGUGUGAAGUUGAUACCUGCACCCGAAGACCCAACAUUCACCUGCUGCUGAGCUUGAGUACAGGCUCUCCGAUGCUGGUGGAUAAGUCGUUGCAGUCCCAAGAUGAGGAUCUUCAGUGUUAUAAAGAGGACGUCAUGUGUGCUGCGGAAUAUGCAGAAGAUAUUCAUCGCUACUUGAGAGAAGCUGAAGUGAAAUACAGGCCCAGAGCAUGCUACUUGAGGAAGCAGCCUGAUAUCACCUCGAGUAUGCGUGCAAUCUUGGUGGACUGGCUGGUAGAAGUCGGUGAAGAAUAUAAGCUUCGUACUGAAACGGUGUACCUUGCUGUGAACUACUUGGACCGCUUUCUCUCUUGCAUGUCUGUCCUCAGAGGAAAGCUUCAGCUUGUGGGAACGGCGGCAGUUCUCCUAGCUGCGAAAUAUGAAGAAAUCUAUCCACCAGAAGUCAAAGAAUUUGUGUAUAUAACCGAUGAUACCUACACUAAAAAACAGCUGCUCAAAAUGGAACACCUUCUCCUCAAAGUCCUUGCUUUUGACUUGACUGUUCCAACCAUCAAUCAGUUUCUCUUCCAGUAUUUGCAACUUCAUGGUGUCAGCAUCAAGACAGAGAACUUUGCAAGGUAUGUAGCAGAGCUGAGUCUCCUUGAAGCUGAUCCAUUCUUGAAGUACCUUCCCUCACAAAUGGCAGCAGCUGCUUACUGUCUUGCAAACUACACCGUGAACAGGCAUUUUUGGCCAGAUACCCUUGCGGCCUUCACUGGCUACUCACUAGGUGAGAUAGUGCCUUGCCUAAGCGACCUGCACAAAGCCUGCCUUGACGCUCCACAUCGACCACAGCAAGCGAUAAGGGAGAAAUACAAGCUGGCUAAGUACAUGCAAGUAUCCCUCCUGGAGCCCCCAGCCAUUCUACCUCUGCUAUGAACAGCAACAGACGCCAGUAAAUGCACAGAAACUGAAGCACUUGCCUCCUGAUCAAUAGAGUUGAUCUGGCCAAAUUAUUAUGUUUUUAAUAGGGCACUGCAGGUCAUGUGCCUAAUCUUGUUGCUUGAACUAUUUUUAGAGGACCUUUAGUAUAUAGCUGUACUGUAUCACAAGGACUCGGGACUGUAGUUUUACCACAAAC